UGAGCUCCGGUCUGCUCUAGACGCGCCAAAUCUGUCACGUGGGGAGUGUUGUUAUUGCGGGGCCGCCGUCUUCUUGUCAUCCCUGUCUCUAUCCUGUAGCCAUCACCAUGCCCGGCCUGCUGGACAGCUGCGAGCGACACUUCAGCACCUCCGACCUGUACAACGUCCUGGGAGUGAGGAGGACGGCGGGAGAAGCGGAGAUCCGCCGGGGUUACCACAAAACCUCCCUCAAAGUGCACCCCGACCGGGUCACCGAGGAGGAGAAGGAGGAGGCCACGGUCAAGUUCCAGGUACUUGGAAAAGUAUAUUCAGUUCUAAGUGACAAGGAGCAAAGAGCUUUGUAUGAUGAGCAGGGAAUUGUGGAUGAAGAGUCGGACACAAUCUCCAGAGACAUGGACUGGCAAGAUUACUGGGGCCUGGUGUUUAAGAAGAUAACUGUAGAAGAGAUAAAAGCAUACGAAAAGAAAUAUAAAGGGUCAGAGGAGGAAAGAGCUGAUAUAAUACAAGCAUAUAUGGACUUUGAAGGAGACAUGGAUGAAAUCAUGGGUUCUGUUACACUAGCUGUCAUUGAAGAUGAGCCAAGGAUAAGGGGUACUAUUGAAAAAGCUAUUAAAACAAAAGAGGUUCCAGCUUAUGAUGCCUUUGUGAAAGAAUCUAAAAAGAAGCGUGAACGGCGCAAGAAAAGGGCUCACGAAGAAGCUGCAGAAGCUGAAGCAAUGAAGGAGGAAUUUGGGCUGGGUGAUGGGGAGAAUGACUUAAAAGCUUUAAUUCAAAAAAGACAGCAGAAUAGAGAGAAGAGCAUUGAUGACUUCAUGGCACAACUGGAAGCAAAAUACUGCACCAAUACCAAAAAGGGAGGAAAAAAGUCAGCAGCAUCAAAAAGAGGAAAAAAAUGACCUGAUGAAUGAAAGCAUCAAGAUAGACCAUUCCCUGUGUUCUGUUACCAAUAUUAAAUGGCAGCUUUGUAAAGGGACCUGAUGACCUCCACGUUUUCUAUGGUCAGCAAAUAUCUACAGUAAAUAUAAUUAUUUUGCUGAUGUAGCUACUAUUCCCAGUACAUAUAGAGAAGUUAUGAGGACACAAUUUCAUUAUAGCGCUUGUUUCUUAAAUUGCACUUUUUUUUUUUUUUACUGGUUCUGGUAUAGAUGUAGCCUUGACUGGUUCCUGUGGCGUCUACAGACAGAACUUUGGUUUUAGUCAAAGAAACUGUCUCCUAAAUGUUUUGCUGUGUUCCCUUUUUAGUUUGUACAGACAGUUCAAUAAAAUAGGUAAACUGAA